AAGCCACCAGCUUCCACUCUGUUAGCUCAUUUCCUAGCUUCCGUUUCCAGUAGUCCCCUCUAGCAGUCUACUUUCAUCAACGGUCCUUGUAGUGUAUGCUUUCAAGUCUUAUACCUCACGCCUGACUCAGGCGAUCUUAACGAUCAGGGUAGCAGUCUCAGUACUUCUCGAUCCUUUCUCAGACCUCCCUCAAACCUGACGCGUACAUCUUCUAAGCGACAACAGCCAGCCCACCACAGCGACUACACCCACCCCACAGCGACAUGGCCCCUGCAGUCGCCGGCGGCGCGAGGGCCAAGAGACGGCAGGCCGCCGGAGCCGCUCCAGUGGUAGCCUCAGAAGCGACGACGACGACGGCAGUGGCGGUGUCGGCGACGCCGAUGCCGCUGUCGCAAUUGUCGGGCAACGUCGCUAUUGACACGCGAGACGGCCACAUGGUACAGCAGCCGUCGCAAGUGUCGGUGGAUUUGAGCAAGCUGCACACGUCGGCACUGAAGAGAUACCGCCGGCACUUCAAACUGGCGGAGGUGGGCCCCAACUCGUCCAAGGAGCAGCUGCUGUCGGCCGUGGGGCGGCACUUCAUGGCGCAGCAAUUGGACGAGCUUCAGGUGCUCGCAGGCUUCUUGCAGGCGGCCAAGCGGCUCAAGGUGGCACACUGACUGGUGGAGAGAGAAGCGAAGACUUUGAGAUGCGGGUGUCAGUCAUUCCCCGACAUUCACUCGUGGAUGCCUGCUCGUGCAGCAGUUGCCCCACACAAUUUAGGUUGAAUUCUACAACGGGCAGAUGGGUUGUUGGGGAUGAGGGUUGCAGCAGUCAGGCAUUAGGGAAUGCUGUCUGCUUAGAGGGCUAGGAAAAGGCAUGGGCAAUUAUUGCGGACAGCACGGGGCAUCAGCAAAGGCUGGUGCUCCGAUGCUCCUUGGUAUGCCCUGGACACAUGUAUGCAUGCAUGGGGCAUGCAUGUGUCGAGGUAUACACACACACGCACACACAUGCGCAUGCACCCUGAAGUCUCUCAGGCAUCCUCUUGAUGCUUCCGGAAGACUAAGUGAUGUUGCUGGACAUGACUUUGUUUUUGUUCAAGAAAGGGGAUGUUCUUGAUGUAAGGUCUGAAGUGCUGAUUGCGGAAAUGUCUGAUUUUGCA